GAUAAUUAUAUAAAUUUUUAUCCAAAAGACCUUGAAAUUCAGAAGAAGUUCAAAAUGCAUCGAUUUGUUUUUUCAAUUUUCCUGUGCUUCGCGGCUAUUGCGCCGUUCCUGAAUUGCGGGGUUCUUGCUGAUGUGGUGACUUGCUCUGGGAUCGUGCCGAUGAGGUAUCGGAACGAUAUGAUAUCGAUUAUGGACUUUGGAGGUGUGGGAGAUGGAGUGACAAUGAACACGAAGGCGUUUAGGGCGGCGAUUUAUCGGAUAGAGCAUCUGAGGCGGAGAGGUGGUACACUUCUAUAUAUACCUCCUGGGGAGUAUUUAACAGAGAGUUUCAAUCUUACCAGCCACAUGACCCUCUACUUGGCCAGAGGUGCUGUGAUCAAGGCUACUCAGGAUACAAGAUAUUGGCCUUUGAUUGCCCCCUUGCCUUCAUAUGGACGAGGGAGGGAGCGUCCAGGAGGAAGGUAUAUAAGCUUUAUCCAUGGAGAUGGACUUCAUGAUGUGAUCAUUACUGGUGAGAAUGGAACGAUUGAUGGCCAGGGAAGUGUUUGGUGGAACAUGUGGAGGCAAAGAACCCUCCAAUUCACAAGGCCACAUCUUAUUGAAUUCAUGAACUCCGAGAACAUUAUCAUUUCCAAUGUCAUUUUCAAGAACUCCCCCUUUUGGAACAUUCACCCUGUCUAUUGCAGCAAUGUCGUUAUUCAAUAUUUGACCAUAUUGGCUCCACCUGACUCUCCCAAUACGGAUGGAAUUGAUCCAGAUUCAAGCAGCCGUGUCUGCAUUGAGGACUCGUACAUUUCUACGGGAGAUGACCUUGUGGCGGUGAAGAGUGGGUGGGAUGAGUAUGGCAUUGCUUAUGGUCGCCCUAGCAUCGACAUCACCAUUCGGCGGGUCACAGGAUCGUCCCCAUCUGCUGGAAUUGCAGUUGGAAGUGAAAUGUCUGGUGGGAUAGAGAAUGUAUUCGCUGAGCACAUAAGCCUCUCUAACAUGGGAGUUGGCAUCCAUUUGAAGACAAGCAUCGGUAGAGGAGGGAUCAUUAGAAACAUUACUGUGACGAAUGUGUACAUGGAAAACGUGCGAAAGGGUAUAAAGAUUGCAGGAGAUUUCGGGGAACAUCCUGAUGACAAGUUCGACCCAAAUGCUCUUCCAGUCGUUAAGGAUGUCACAAUUAAAAAUGUCUGGGGUGAAAACGUCCAGCAACCAGGUUCGAUACAUGGCUUGAGUAACUCCCCUUUCACUGGGAUUUGUCUCUCUAAUAUCAACAUUCAUGGUGGAACUACAACAGGACGGAGAAAAACUCCUUGGCAGUGCUCUGAUGUUAGCGGUGGUGCUGUUGAGGUCAGCCCAUGGCCAUGUUCUGAACUGGCUAGCACCCAUCAAACUGGUGCAUGUUCCAUUCCCUUUUGAGAUUGUUGUUGUUCUUUAAAACUCUGUCCAAGCAAGUAAUAAAAACUAUGAUUGUGAUUAGAUAUUAAAGAUUUCAUCUUAUUUUAUUUUUUA